CGAGGGGAGUGCGAGCGGCCGCCAAAGUUUUAACGCCGAGUGCGGUUUCGUGUCGCCUCGCGGUAGCGUGGUUUUCCGGCUAACGCGCGUCUCUCGACGACCCUUACCCCUUCGCCCGACCACCGACGUGCCAAGAACGCGCCGAAGGACGCGACACGCGCCGCUCGGCACGGAAAUGAUUCCGCACGUGGUAACCGAGUCUCGCCGACGUUGAAGCGGAAUUUCCAUCGCUCCGGUCGGCCUCUUCCGAGGGGUUCCGACGGUUCGAUCGACGGAGGAUUAAAUCGAGAGAUUCUUGUCCUCGACUCACCCCCCUGGCAAUCUGUCCAUCACCGCGUGUUCAUCGACGGGACGUCCAUACGUUUAAGGAAAAAGUAAUUGGCCAUUUGCGUGUCGGUCGAAAAUCACCAUUGAUGAUGCGGCGGCGUCGGAAAUUUCGCAUGAAAUUCCGCAUAUCCGGUAGAUCCUGUUCAGCGAGUUCUUUCCAAGCGCGGCCCGUCGGCGCCGGCGAUCGAGGGAUGCUUUCGUGAACUUCGUGGGUGCUUUAUGGCCGUAACGACGCGCUAUUGGCCUUCUCGUUGCUUUGCUAUAUUUCCCAAGAUCGAGUCGCAGUGGAUGACUCAUGAUUCGCGUUGAGAUUUGUACAGGGUAGUGUCAGUGGGGUAGCCUCGAUCGUUGCCGUUCUCGACGCUAUUUUCCACGUUCAAAAUCACCGUUUCUCGGUGUGAAAAUUCCGAAGAGAUUCUGGAUGUUAUUUCGAAAAGCAUUCCUCUGAGCUCAGGGGAUGACAUGCAGGGGAUACAGAGGUCGGCGUGUUUCCACGUGAGGAGAGCGCUGAUAGCCAAGUGCGAAGAAGAUUCGAAGAUCGCAGAUCGCAAUACCGAUCCGAGGGAGAGCGUUAUCCCUAUCGUAACGAGGUAUUGUCAGUAGCCUUCCUCGUACGAGUAUUUUCACGACAUUGUGCUUCAACGAAUGUGUGACGAAAUCAUCACAAUGUUAGACAAAUCAGGUGCUGCGCCAAAAUACUACCUCUGCUACAUGUACAAAACUAUUGAAGAAUCGAUCGAAACGCGGUUUCGACUUAGGGCUACAAUGAAGAUAUAGCUGCAUUAUAUUAUGAAAGAAUAUAUAUAUAUAUAUAUUUGAGUGUAUAUAGAAAGGAUAUAUAUUCUGAUGCAUAAGCGUUUACACAUGUAUUGAUAACACGUUGCCAUACGUAAGAAAAGGCUCUUCCUUGCUGCGAAAAGUCCUCUUAAGUCGUCGAAACCGAUAUAUUAAUUGUUGCGGAAGCGUAGAGGACGAUUAACUAUGUAUGCCUACCAGUUUUUGGACGGAUGCGCAUGGAUGGAUGAGUAGCGGGAGGAUAAACUCAUAGAUACACGCGCACCAUAAGCUCAAGCAGAGUAGAUUUAAGCUAAGCGAGGAACAAUGAGUAUACCGUACGAUGAGAGCUUAAUCUGGAUAGUAGUGGUCGGGUUUAUAGUAGCGUUCAUCCUGGCGUUCGGCAUCGGCGCGAACGACGUCGCCAACAGCUUCGGGACGAGCGUCGGUGCCGGGGUGCUCACGAUAUUCCAAGCCUGCAUCUUGGCGACCUUCUUUGAGAUCGCCGGUGCCGUACUGAUAGGAUAUAAGGUUUCUGAUACAGUGCGAAAGGGCAUACUGGACGUCUCGUUGUAUGAGGGCCACGAGAAGGAGUUGAUGAUAGGGUUGAUGUCCAGUCUAGCCGGGUCCGGUAUCUGGCUACUGCUGGCAACCGCGUUCCGACUUCCAAUUUCCGGUACGCAUUCCAUUGUUGGUGCUACCGUUGGAUUUUCGCUCGUGUGCAAGGGUACCGCCGGGGUAAAGUGGAUAGCUCUUGUUCACAUAGCGGCAUCCUGGUUCGCCAGCCCCGUGCUCAGCGGAUUCGUGUCCUUCGUUAUCUUCUGGAUCCUGAAAACAUUCGUGCUUCAAUCCAACAAACCGUUUGAACAGGGUCUCCGUAUCCUCCCCGUAGCGUACGGUCUGACUGUUGCCGUUAACGUUCUGUCGGUUGCACUCGACGGACCUAAAUUGUUAAUGCUGGAUCAGAUGCCAUGGUGGGGUAGUUUGAUAGCCGCUUUGUUGUUGGGCUCGCUCGUCGCGUUGAUCGUGCACGUAUUCGUGGUGCCGUGGCAGAACAGGAGGAUACUGCUGGUAUCGCGCGACAACGCUGAGAAGGCGGCGACAACGACGACGCACUUUGGCGCCUGCCAGGACCAAAAGGAGACGACGGUGUUGUCGGUGAUCUCGGAGGGUCCUUGCAGCGACAGCAGCAGCAACGGCAACGCAAAGUCAGAAUUGACGGUAGUGCCGCAGUUGCGCGGUAACAGUAGCGAGAGUCCAUUAUUGAUGUCUACCCAGGUAGAUGCGGAAAACGCGGAGGCAGACGCCGGCGUAGAUGAGGAACAGCCAGAGGUAUCGAGACUGUUCGCUUUCCUGCAAGUGCUCACCGCGGCGUUCGGCAGCUUCGCGCACGGCGGCAACGACGUUAGCAACGCUAUCGGGCCGCUCAUCGGGCUGUGGGCCGUCUACGCCGAAGGCUCGGCCCGGCAAGAGGCCGGGACUCCUUUACUCAUACUGCUGUACGGCGGCCUAGGUAUUGCUGCGGGACUAUGGGUGUGGGGACGUAGAGUGAUACGGACUUUGGGCCAGGAUUUGGCGCGUAUCACCCCUACGACUGGAUUCGCCAUAGAGGUGGGCGCCGCGGUGACGGUCCUGCUAGCGAGUAAAAUUGGUCUACCCGUGUCAACAACGCACUGCAAAGUGGGAUCGGUGGUGUGCGUGGGAUGGGCCUCGCGCGGCGGCGAAGGAGUGUCGUGGCGGCUAUUCCGUAAUAUCGCAUUCGCAUGGCUGAUUACCGUGCCUGUGGCCGGGUGCCUGUCCGCCGGUUGCAUGGCGAUCUUCCGCCAGACAAUGAGUUUGUGAUCUUACGCAGUCGCGUGAGACUUCUUUCUUUUAGCAGAAAACCAUCCGAAUACCUAUCGUCGUCAAUAAGUUCUGAGCAAAUAAAUGGUCAAAGAAAAAAAAA